AACCCCAAAAAUAAAAAAUAAAAAGUCUACUUUCUUUUGGGGCUAUAAAAGCUCAACAAAAUUUGAGAUUAUGAAAUAAAUGAUAUUAUAUUCAUUGUCAAUUAUAUAUAUAUAUUAAAAAAAUAUAUAUGGAAGCAAAAAUGGGUUCAAAAAUUGCUUCUUUGGUGCUUAGAGUUGUUACUUUUGUUUUCCUCUUAAUUUCCAUCAUAGUUUUGGCUACCAAUUCCAAAACCAUAGGAGAUGCAAAGUUUCAUUUCCAUAAUGUCAAUUCCUAUAGGUAUGCAAUUACAACCAUCAUAAUUGGAGGAGCAUUCAAUCUCUUGCAAAUUGCCUUAGCUCUUUAUCGUCUUGUAACCAAAACCGAUGGCAAUCUUUUAUUCGACUUCUAUGGUGAUAAGGUAUUAUCAUACGUAUUGCUGUCGGGAGCGGCGGCGGCGCUGGGUUCUGGCAUAGAUUUGAAGGCAAAUUUGGAGGUGUUGGCAUCGUUUUUCGACCAUGGCAACGCCGGUGCGGCUCUUCUUCUUCUGGCUUUUUUCUGUAGUGCUGUUGUUUCUGUUCUUUCUUCUUUGGCCCUUUCCAACAAAGCCAAUUAGUUUUUUCUUCUUUUUUUUUUUUUUUUUUUUUUGUAAUGAAAUUAUUUGGUUGGUGUCGAGUGAUAUGAUAUGAAUUGUAAUGUAGAAUUAGGAGUUUGGAAUUUUUGAAUUUUUUUUUUCUCUUUUGGGUCCUUUGGUGAGUUAACUUUUAUUUUUUAAUCAUUGUGUAUCUAUUUCAACGUAGUAAAUUUUGGCAAGAACAUACAUUUAUA